CUUCUUGUGAAUCCGCACCACAUGCCAUGCCUCAAAUCUUUCGCGACGAAAAGACUGGAAACUGCCGAUAUCACCUACGCUACCGCGACUUUUCUAACACCAGAGGCGUUUUAGCUGAAGAAAAACUCACAUUUCAAACAUCUGACGACGGUUUAAUCUCUAAACCAAACAUUGUUUUCGGCUGUGGACAAGACAACUCCGGUUUCACUCAAUACAGCGGCGUGCUAGGUUUAGGUCCUGGUACAUUCUCUAUAGUAACCCGCAAUUUCGGCUCUAAAUUCUCGUACUGCUUCGGCAGCGUAACCGAUCCUACUUACCCUCACAACAAUCUAAUCCUCGGAAAUGGCGCCAAAAUCGAAGGCGAUCCAACGCCUUUACAAAUAUUCCAAGACCGUUACUACCUUGACCUGCAAGCGAUCUCUUUAGGAGAGAAACUUCUCGAUAUCGAACCCGGAAUUUUCCAGAGAUAUCGGUCCCAAGGAGGCACGGUCAUCGACACGGGCUGUUCACAAACGAUUCUAGCCAGAGAAGCUUACGAAACUCUCUCUGAAGAAAUUGAUUUUCUUCUAGGAGAAGUUCUUAGGCGCGUUAAAGGUUGGGAGCAAUACACGAACCCUUGCUACGAAGGGAAUCUCAAACUUGAUCUCUACGGCUUUCCCAUCGUCACGUUCCAUUUCGCCGGCGGCGCUGAACUGGCACUAGACGUUGAGAGUUUGUUCGUUAGCAGUGAAAGUGGAGAUAGAUUUUGCUUGGCUAUGACUAUGAACGCGUUUGAUGAUAUGAGCGUUAUUGGUGCCAUGGCUCAGCAGAAUUAUAAUGUUGGUUAUGAUCUUCGAACCAUGAAGGUUUAUUUCCAGAGGACUGAUUGUGAGAUUCUUGAUUCUUAACAUUUCAAUGUUUUUAUAAGAAUUUUUCUUUUUCUUUACAUGUAAAUAAGUUCAAGAUUAUAAU